AGGGCCGAGCCGCCGCCUCGCGUGGUGCGCCGCGUGCCGGGCGUUGCCCCGCGGCCGUCGGACGGCGGCGGGUUCGGUGGUUGAGAGAGCGGGACGGACGCGGCUCUGUCGGGUAGGCGCGCCAUGGCGGGGCCCGGCCCGCAGCCUGGAGCGGACGCGGCAUUCGGCGAGCAGAGCUUCGGCUUCGCUGCCGCGGAGCUCAGCCUGGUGGAGAUGGCGGACGUGGAGUACGGCCAGCUGCAGCACGCGCUGUACGCGCAAGCGGAGCCGCGGGCCGCCGAAGGCGAGGCCGAAGCCGGGCCCGACGCUGCGGUUCCCCCGGACGAGGGCUGCGCCUCCCGCGGCCCCGCCGGCCCGCCCGCUUUCCCUGGCCUGUGCCAGGCGGGAGUGACCGCCGACGGCGGCGCGCCCGGUUCGAACCCCUGCGUGGGGCACGCGGACUUCCAGGAGCGCAGGAUGAUGUUGCUCGGUGAGGUGAACCCCCCUGCCGGCCAAGCGGACAAAACGCCCAAGGGUGGCUCCGAGGAAGUCUCGGGGUGCGGCUUGUUGAGGGCGAAACACGGUGAGAGCUUUGCUGGGGUGAGCAAAGGGAGCGUAGUGGUUGAGCGUGUGGCGAUGGCAGCCGAGCCCAGAUCGAAAUCUGCAGUCAGAGUUCGAUUGGAGGACACGUUGAACGGCGUCCAGACAGAAAGUCCCAGAUGCCAAGAACCCCAAGAAUCUGGAGUGACUCUUAACAACUUGGUAACAUUGAUUCAGCAGCCGUCAGAGCUGGUCGGCGUCCCCCUUCAUCAGCAUCAGAACAAGUGUGCAGCGGUGGUGAAAAACAAGAGCACACCCACCACGCCUUCUGCACAGUUCACGCAUCCACUGUUUGCCAUGAGUGCGUGUUCUGCUGCUGGAGCUGCUAAUUCCUCACAGGCUCAGGCCUCUGGAACAUCUUGUGCUAUCUUGGAAUCUGCCACGCAUCAAGAGAUUGGGAUUCCCAGAACAUUCUCUUUCUGUUACCAUCAGGAAAUGGAAUCCACUAAACAGACAGUAGGUGCUAUGAAUAAAGCUUUGCCUGAGGAAGUUUGGAUUAAAGUUGGAGAAGACACCUUAUGCAAGCAAGCGGUAAACAAACGAAGUUGCAGCCGAAUAAGCCCAAUGGAUGCAAACAUAGAUCGCAAACCUCUUAGUGAGAUACAAAAUAUGCGAGAUAGCCAGAGCACUGCAGCUGCACAGGGCCCCUGGCAGUCAGCACAGUCACAUUCCAGUGUGCAGGUGCAGAGUGGUACGCAGGAAGGAGUUACUCAGCGGAGAGAAAGACAUAACCGCAUGGAGAGAGACAGAAGGCGCAGAAUCCGGAUUUGUUGCGAUGAACUGAAUCUUCUGGUUCCGUUCUGCACUUCUGAAACUGAUAAAGCAACGACCUUACAGUGGACAACUGCAUUUCUGAAAUAUAUUCAGGAAAAGCACGGCGAUUCUCUGAAAGAGGAAUUUGAGACCGUGUUCUGUGGCAAAACAGGCAGGAGACUGAAAGCACCCAGAUCGGAUUCGUUUGUAACGUGUCCAGUUCAGGAGAGCUCGCAGCAUGGCUAUGGAGACCAAGUAGCCUUGAAUUGCCUGAGCGUGGAUAAAUAAGGAAUGACCCAACCUGCAUUUAUCUCUGUUUACGUGUGGGGCUUUGGCUUAUUGUGAUUAAUUUAUUUGAGAAGCUCUGGGAGAGACUUGCAAAAACUAUAACUUGUAAAAACACAUAAAUGGAGCUUUAAAGAAAACGUUCAUCAUUCCAAAUGAAAAUGGAAAUUGACUGCCAGCAAUAUAAAUCAGUGUUCUGUUAAAGGGGCUUUGGGACUAGAGAAAACAAGAAAAUGCCAUGGCAGCUAGUAAUUAUUUUUCUCCUUUUGCUCCUUUUCUGUUUGUGGUUCUGCUUUGGAUUUUUUUCCCUUCUUUUUCCUUUAAGGUGAUACAGUACAGUUAAGAAUUGUUGUAGAUCACCCUGUCCUGUUACUUUAAUAACUACGUGCAAAUAUAUCCUUUAAGUGUAAAAAGAAAUAUAAGGUACUGUAAUAAAAUGCCCAUUUUUCUCCUUAAACGUUUGAAAGUUAUGUAGGUUAAUUGAAUAAGUGCACAGUUCCUAAAUUGCACUGCUAUGAUGGAGUUUGUUUGCUGUACUUUAAUGCAUUUGACCCCAAAGAUUGAUACAAAGCUAUUAGCAUUGUUUUUAGAGUGGUGCAUUACUUUAAUGCAUUUCACACAGCUGUCCAACAGUUUCUUGUGUUGUUUAGUCCAAAAAUGGCAUAUAGUAAACAGCAGAUGAUUUAAAUGUACAAACUAUCUUAAUAUUUAAAGACUAACAUGGCUCUAUUGUUGAUAAGCUUCAGCAUUUAGGGCAGAAGUAGAAUAGUGUCUGAGCUUUAUUAAUUUCAGUGAUAACAGAUGAUGCCAGCAGGUUUUGAGAUACAAAAAGGUCUCCCAAAGUAAAUACUGUUUGAAAUCACGGAUACUGACAAUUUUGCAGCAAUUUAUUUCCAAACAAUCCUAGGAAAAACAGUUUUGGAAUAUAGGAUUCAUUUUCAUGUGUAUAGUGACAUUUAUAACAUCACAAAGAAAGGGUUAAAAAAAAAAUCUCCUUUUAUUUUUACAACAGUUCAUACAAGUCUUUUCUGGCUGAA